GUGGGCGGGUCCACAGGAGGCCUCGCCCCUCGAGCUCUGGAGCCUAUAAAGGGAAGCGACCCCGCGUCCAGCCGGGCUGGUAGCAGCUACUCGGCGCCAGCGUUACCAGCUGGGUAGAUCCCCGCUUCCUAGGGGUAUCCCGGGCCGUAGCCAUGACCCUCCGCCGACUCAGGAAGCUGCAGCAGAAAGAGGAGGUGGCCGCCGCCCGGGCUCCGGACUCGGAAGCUGCUCCAGCCCCGACCCCCUCGGACCCCCACGACCCCCUUGUCUUGUCCGGGCUUCUCCAGUGGACCAGGCGGGCUCGGGAUGAGAUCCCGCUGCUCGCCUCGGACCUGUUGCGGGUCAUAGAGCCCUGGGCUGGAGAGGGUCCAGUGGCGGCCCGCGUGCGCUCUCACGGUGAGGAAGUGCGAGGGGCGCCUUCGACCCCGGAGAGCACCCUUCGGGGGCGCCUGCGUUCCUGGGUUUGGGGCACCGCGCCCUGGACUUCGCCACUACCGGACAAGGUCUCAGGAUUCCGCUGGAAGAAUCUCAGCCAAAGUCCUGAACAGCAACGGAAAGUGUUGACUUUGGAGAAGGAAGACAACCAGACUUUUGGCUUUGAGCUCCAGACUUAUGGGCUUCACCACCGAGAGGAGCAGCGUGUGGAGAUGGUGACGUUUGUCUGCCGAGUUCAUGAGUCCAGCCCUGCCCAGCUGGCUGGGCUCACACCAGGGGACACCAUCGCCAGCGUCAACGGCCUGAACGUGGAAGGUAUCCGGCACCGGGAGAUUGUUGACAUCAUCAAGGCAUCAGGCAAUGUUCUCAGACUGGAGACCCUGUAUGGGACAUCCAUUCGCAAGGCAGAACUGGAAGCCCGACUCCAGUACUUAAAGCAAACCCUGUAUGAGAAGUGGGGAGAAUACAGGUCCCUGAUGGUUCAGGAGCAGCGGCUGGUGCACGGCCUGGUGGUGAAGGACCCCAGCAUCUAUGACACGCUGGAGUCAGUGCGCUCCUGCCUCUAUGGGGCUGGCCUGCUCCCCGGCUCGCUGCCCUUUGGGCCUCUGCUGGCAGUGCCCAGGGGUCCCCGCAGCGGCCCCCAGAAGGCCCGGAGUGACACCGACGACAACAACGCGGACGCCAUCUACCACACCUGCUUCUUCCGGAGCGCUGAGACGCCCGCGCUGCUGCCACCUCCACUGCCUCCUGCGCACGCACGAGCCUUCUGCUGCCCUCCAGGCCUCCUGUGGGAGCCCUUCUUCCACUCCAGGCCAGAACAGUUCCAGCAGUUCCAGCAGAAGAGAGCUCACUCAUGCUUGGUGCAGGUCGAGACCAGCAGAGGGGAGAUCAGACUGCUGGAGACCCACGAGCUGCGCGAGAGGCUGCAGGGCUGA